AUGGCUGUCACGGAAUAUGGCCUGAGGCCUAACUCUUAUGCAUUGGCCGCACUCGAAGACAGGUUCGAAGUGAUCAAGGAAAUUGGAGAUGGAAGUUUUGGAAGCGUGGCUUUGGCAAGAGUGAGAGCGAACGGUGCCAAUGUGGCUCGCAGAAACUCCAUGGUCGCCAUCAAAACCAUGAAGAAGACAUUCGACUCUUUUGCACCGUGCCUAGAACUCCGCGAGGUCAUAUUUCUACGAACACUCCCGGCCCAUGCUCAUCUGGUGCCGGCGUUGGACAUUUUCUUGGAUCCCUUCAGCAAGAAACUUCACAUCUGCAUGGAGUACAUGGACGGUAACUUGUAUCAACUGAUGAAAUCCCGGGAACACAAAUGCAUGGACGCCAAAAGUGUCAAGAGCAUACUCUACCAGAUCCUCUCAGGUCUCGACCAUAUCCAUGCUCACAAUUUCUUUCACCGCGACAUCAAACCAGAAAAUAUCCUUGUCUCCACAUCUGCACCUCACGACUCCCAGUCAGCGUUCAGCAGAUACUCCUCUUUGGUCACUCCACCAGCUACACCGCCAACUUAUUCCAUCAAGAUAGCCGACUUUGGGUUGGCUCGAGAAACACACUCCAAGUUGCCCUAUACCACAUACGUCUCAACUCGAUGGUACCGAGCUCCCGAAGUGUUACUUCGAGCUGGCGAAUACUCUGCUCCCGUGGAUAUCUGGGCUAUUGGGGCGAUGGCAGUUGAGGUGGCUACACUCAAACCUCUCUUUCCAGGAGGCAACGAGGUUGACCAGGUUUGGCGAAUUUGUGAAGUUAUGGGCAGUCCAGGGAACUGGUAUACCAAGAACGGUACUAGGGUUGGGGGCGGUGAAUGGAGAGACGGCAACAAGUUGGCUCAAAAAUUGUGCUUCUCUUUCCCAAAGAUGGCCCCCCAUGCGAUGGAAACCAUUUUACAAGCGCCUCAAUGGCCUGCGGCAUUCAGCAAUUUUGUGACCUGGUGUCUGAUGUGGGAUCCUAAGAACCGCCCAACGACCAAACAAGCUAUGGAGCACGAAUUCUUCCUCGAUGCCGUUGAUCCUCUUCGACCCAAGUCCUCGUCACGCCUACUCGGGCGGAAGCACUCUGACCUGAGUUUCAGGUCAAAGGACGCGGCCGAAACACCCACCAUUACAUCCAAACCCUCGUGGUUUCGAAGGUCGCUUAUUGCUCGCGAGAGCGCUCCCGCCGUACCCCAACACAGUUCGGAAUCCAAGGUUACACAACAAGAACCCGAGAGCUUGGUCAGCAGACUUCGACCACAAGCGAGUAAACGGACGACGUGGACCAAUGGACCGAGUUCAACUGGUGCUGCACCAAUGCCCAUCCUGCCCUCAAUUCGCCCUAUCUCUCCUUUACCCAACGCUGUUACUGCCCAAGCAAAUUCGACAUUCACAUCGCAGCCAGAGUCGAAGCCCAACUCGUCUAAACCAGCCGAGGAGAAAUCAAAGAAAAUCGGCCGGCAGCUAUCCGUCAAUUCGAAUGGCAAUCAUUAUGCCGACAUCCAUCGCCAGGAAGCAGAACGGGCUUUGAAUGCCAAUAGUGGACUUGUGUCCCCACCUAGCGGCCACAAAGAGAGCUUCUUUUCCCAUCUCCGGAAACGGGCAAGACGAUUUUCCGGCCGACAUGGACUGGCGUCUCCCAAUGGCGACGAUGUUGAGGCCAACGCCGCGAAUGUCCCGUGGUCGAACCGAUCUUCGCUCAUGGUCGACAGCGUUAUUCCCGAGGGAAACAAUGACUUUUCGGACCUUGACAAAAUCCUGCAGAAUGUUCGGUACAGUCUUGAUCGUGCCGAACCGGACUCCCUACACAGAAAAUCUUCCACCGAGGUGGUAUCCAAUUCAGGCACACUGAAACGGACACACUCCGUCCCGAGAUCACAAGGCAGUAGAUCAAGUGAGAAUGUUUCUCAAGUGCCUGCUCCCACGAACAAUCGGACACGUCGUCCUUUACAGAUUAACCAGUACGAAACUCCCGAGGAAGCUGACGAGCUGUUGGAUGAAGCUCUUCGGUCCGCUCAUCGGGCGGUCCGGCGCCUGGAUCAAACUACCGUCUACCCAAAAGACCAGGCCCAACGUACCGCAUUGGCGCAAAAGGACUAUAACCGUCAGUCAUUACCGCAAUUACCCAGCAAUCCGGCAUUACACGGCGCGUACCUGACGCCAUCACCAUCCGCCAAGAGGAAUGGUGUUCAGUUUAGCUCCGACGCUGGAUCUCAAGCUGAGCCGUUGAACAUCACCAAAAAACGUAACGAGUAUGAACACGCUCCUUCACACUGGCCCACGCCGCCAUACGAGGAGAACGAAUGGGCAUCUGCGGCUGCCAACAGCAUUUUUGCAGCCGGACAGAUGUUUCGAUAA